AUGGAGUUACCCUUGGACCAUCCUCAACGGAAAGAGGGAUUAGUUUGCAAGCUCACAAGGUCUUUGUAUGGUCUGAGACAAGCUUCACGGCAAUGGUUUACCAAAUUCUGUACCACUCUCCUCAGCCACGGAUUCACACAAUGCAAACAGGAUUACUCUCUAUUUGCUUUGGGUGAAGGCGAUGCGACUACUUUCCUCAUUGUUUAUGUGGAUGAUAUCAUCAUAGCUGCUCCCAAGCAAGAGAUGGUUGACAACGUUAAACUGAAACUUCAAUCAAUUUUCAAGCUCAAAAUCUUGGGUGACCUCAAGUUUUUUCUGGGUUUAGAACUUGCACACUCUAAAGCUGGCAUCGCGCUUACUAAAAGAAAGUAUGCGUUGUCGUUAUUGGAAGAGACAGGUUACUUAGGAUGUAAGCCUGCCACCACGCCUAUGGAUGCAAAUAUGAAACUUCGAGCUGAUGAAGACGAUCCCGUACCUGACCCAUCCCACUAUAGAAGGCUGAUUGGCCGCCUCAUGUACUUAACAAUUUCCAGACCAGACAUUACCUUCGCAGUAGUGAAAUUGGCCCAGUUUAUGUCCGGCCCGCGCCUUCCCCAUUUGAAUGCCACUCAUCAGGUCAUUCGUUACUUGAAAGCUGCAUCGGGACAAGGGCUCCUUUUCUCCUCUAAGUCCAAAUUCAAUCUCACCAUGUACACUGAUGCGGAUUGGGGGGGCUGUUUAGAUACAAGGCGAUCCACCACUGGGUAUUGCACUUUUUUGGGUGAUUCUCUGAUAUUGUGGAAGAGUAAGAAACAAGAUGUGGUUUCCAGAAGCUCAACCGAGGCUGAAUAUCGGGCAUUGGCAAAUGCUGCUUGUGAGGUCCUCUCGCUCAUGGCCUUGCUAAAAUUCAUGCACAUUGAGGUCCACUCAGCCAUGGUUUUUUGCGACAACAUCUCGGCUAUUCAGAUGUCUACCAAUCCAACAUUACAUGAGAGGUCCAAACAUAUCAAAAUCGACUACCACUUUAUUCGAGAAAAAGUCGCUUCUGGAAUCAUCAAGCUGGUGCAUGUUCCAAGCAAACAUCAACUUGCGGAUAUCCUCACUAAAGCACUCCCUGCACCUCAAUUUCAGUAUCUCAUGGCCAAGUUGGGAACAUACAACAUGUAUGCUCCAACUUGA